AUGGACGGAUGGAGCGAAGUAGCGAAUAUACCAAUACUCAAUACCCCCAACAAUGGCUUUCACAGUGAUUCACAGCCAAUCAUCACUACCACCAAGUUUGACACGGUCCAAAAUUUAAUUUGGUGCGGUGAUUCCCUUGGGUAUUUACAAUCAGUUACACUUGGUCAACCUACAUCACCAUUUCAUACUCAAUUGUAUCCAUAUACUAAAUUCCAAACAAGUUCUGUAAACCAACCAAUACUGCAAAUCUUGUCCCACAAGGAUGGAAUUUUAUCUUUGCUGCGAGACCAACUUGUAUUCAAUAAUCGACGAGGACUUCCCAAAGCUGGCUUUGAUGGGGGCUCGUUUGGCGAGAGUAAAGAUGACUUUGUGAACCUAAACUCAAUGACAUUCAAUGGGAAUUCAUCUAGCGAGAUUGCUGUGGGUACCGAUUCUGGGUUGUUAAAAUUUGAUAUGAGUAAGCCUACGGUGUUGGAUAAACUUGACUAUGAUGGGAAAGUGAGUCUCAUCAAUAGUACACCAAAGUAUCUUACUGUUGGAGGAGGCAACGGAUCACUUAAUUUAUUUGAUCCAAUCUCUAAUUCAUCUUUGAAGACUUUUGAGGCACAUAAUGGUGCAAUUACAGGAUUGGACAUCAAGGGAAACUAUAUUGCUACAUGUGGCUCAUCAUUAAGACCAAGAAGACACUUCUUUAGUCAAACUUCGUCAGACUACAUUAUUGACCCAUUGGUGAAUAUCUACGAUAUCCGAACCAUGCGUGCAGUUGCUCCAGUGGCUUUCCCUGCGGGUGCAUCGUCAGUAAGAUUCCACCCCAAGUUGCCAAAUAUUGUUAUUGUGGCAUCAAUUCACGGCCAUCUCCAUUUUAUUGAUCUUUUUGAUCAGACUAAUGUACAUAUGUACCAUGCAGAAGUUGAGACAGCAAUUCCACCACAAUCACCCAAUUCGAGGAUCCCCAAACUAUGUGAUUUGCACAUUAGUGACUCGGGCGAUCUUCUCAUGUUCAACGAUGGCAUUUCGAACUUACAUUUAUGGUCAAUGACCUACUUGGGAGGUAUGAGCAAAGAUAUUGUCAACUUCCCACAAAGUAUUGAGCGCCCUGAUAUCAUUAACCAAAAUGAUGGAUUUAUUAGUAUCGAUGAAAAUGUACCGUUGUCCUCAGUGGGGAUGCCAUAUUACAAGGAACUGCUUUUAUCUAAUUGGCCGAUUGACAUGAAAUUUGUUAAAGAGACGGCGAAAAUGCCAGAACGUAUCGAUGAAGAACUUCUCGCAAUAAGCGAACAACAUCCGCAUCAAUUUUUCAAAUAUGAUUCACUCAGAUUUGGUCCCGGAAAUAUCGAACAGCCAUAUUAUUCAUUAAACAACGUCAAGGAUACUCAAAUACCCAAGUUUUUAAGUGAACAGAAUGACGUUAAGGAUUCUCAUAAACUAACACCACUUGAUGAUACAUUCUUCCAAGCUGAAUCCGAUCUGAAGAUCCCCAAAUGCUACUCGCGUUUGCAAAUUCAGUAUUCGAAAUUUGGGGUUAAAGAUUUUGAUUUUGGGUACUACAAUCGCACCGAAAACUAUUGUGGAUUAGAAAAUCAUAGUGAUAACUCGUAUAUCAAUUCCUUGCUACAGGUUUAUCGUUUCCAGUCAUUGUUUUAUAACCAAGUUGUUAAUACAUUAAACAGCGAAUGGCUUCCUAAUGAUGCCAAGACUAUCAUUGAUGAAGAUAACCCACAAGGAUCAUCUAUAUUGAAUGAGUUGGGGUACUUGUUCGAUAUGAUGUACAAGGCGAAAUCACGCAACGUCAAGACUUUGAAUUUCAGUUCGGUGAUGAACCAUGAUGAGCAUGCCAAGGGCCUUGUCAAUUUGAAUGAGCAGAUGAAUUUGAAUGCUCAUGAAGUUAGAGAGUUGAUCAUAUCAUUCAAUAAUUAUCUCUUGACUCGAUUAGAUCACGAUUUCAAACGUCAACAUUCCUCAAAUUUCAACAUCACUGAAUUGAAAUAUCAAAUCGAAAUCAAGGGAAACGGAGAAUCUUGCCCCAUUUAUGAUAAACAGUCGGGGUCUCUAUUUUCAUUGGAGCUUAUCACCCCACCUAGUAACAUGUUAAAUAAAAUGAGCAUUUUGGUGAGCCCUCAUUCAAACAAGUCACAAAAGCUGCAGCAAAGUGAGCACCAACAUGAUAUCAAUAUUUUCAACAUUCGCAAAAAUGUAAACAUAUUGACCUAUUUGGAUUAUUCAACAAAUCAAUUCAAGACUAUACCAUGCCAACAACAUCAACACUCGUAUCCACAUUCAUUAGAAAUUAGAACUGGUAUAACUCACCUUCCACCAGUACUUGUUCUCAAUGUCAAUCUAACUAAUGAAGAAUUCAAAAUCAUAAAUAAUUUGAAGCAAUGGCUUGUACCAGAAUUUUAUGCUGUCAAGUCUGGUGGUAAUACCGCAUUAAAUUUCAAACCGACAAUGCCAGUGUCUAGUUCGUACACGAAAUAUGAGUUGUUGGGAUACGUGUGCGAAAUCAGUCAUCAAAAUGACUUAUCAAGAACUGGGGCUCAUAAUUUAGUGUCAUUUGUUAAAGUCAAAAAUGAAUGGAUUUUUUUUAAUGAUUAUUUGGUGACUCCAAUACCAAAAGAAGAAGUGUUCAAUUUGAAUUCAUCUUGGAAAAAACCAGUGAUUGUCAUUUACCAAGAAUCAACUAUGCCAGGAUUUGAAUACAUGAAGAGCUUCACAGGCAACGAUUCCAUCUUGUAUCGUGAUCAUUUUGCUGGUGCCAUUAGAGAAUCAUACAAAAAGGAGUAUAAGCUCCUAACUCGACAGGAAGCACCAACUGUUGGAACCAUGGUCGCCAUUGACGCCGAAUUUGUUACCAUGAAGCCGGAACAAUUGGAAAUCAGCUUGAAUGGAGCAAAGAAGCUAAUUAAACCACGAGAAUUAUCUCUUGCUAGAGUCUCAGUUUUACGUGGAGAUAACAACAGUCCGCGUUACGGCGAAGCAUUUAUUGACGAUUACAUUGUCCAUACAGAACCCAUUUAUGACUACACCACCAAUUUCAGUGGUAUUGAACAAGAUGAUUUAAAUUUUUACAAAUCCUCGAAAAACUUGGUUACUUUACAAACUGCAUAUCGUAAGCUAUGGCUUCUUUUAAACUUGGGAGUCAUUUUCAUUGGUCAUGGACUUUACACCGAUUUUCGUACCAUCAACUUGCAAGUACCACAACGUCAAAUUAGAGAUACUGCUGAUUUAUAUUACAAGCCCGAUAUGAAGCGUCAAUUGAGUCUCAAGUUUUUGGCGUAUGUGAUGUUGAAACAGGAUGUGCAAACAGGUAAUCACGAUUCUAUUGAAGAUGCAAGGACGGCGUUGUUGUUAUAUAAACGGUAUGUUGAGUUGCUGCUGAAGGGAGAGUUUGAAUUCAUGUUGAAUCAUGUUUAUGCACAGGGAAACAAGUUGAGAUUUAGAGUACCAGAGAAAAUAAACGUUUAA